CUCUGAUUCAAAAACUUUAGCGGCAGUUCUGGCGAGGAGUUGAGCUUUUUACCUGUUUGAAGACAAGGAUAAGGCUCUAUAUUGCCCUUUUCAGCAUUUAAGUGUUUAUCGGCUGGUUAUUUUGAAGUUUUUUUCAGAAAUAAUGCAACGGGAAAGGCAAGAAGAAACUGAACAUGACGACGUCAUGGAAGAAAACGCGGGACCUUUGCUUAUCAACAAACUCGAGGUACUGAGGCAAACAUAAUAUGGCGUUGUAGUUCGUCAUUACAGAUAAGAUUAUUCUCAAGGGUAUAUUUCUGGCAUUUCCCGCGUAAAUCUGAAAUUUCUAUUUCUUUUUAAGCCAAAACGUAUCAAACUUGCCACGGGUAAUGAGGCGUACCUCUUGCAAAUUUCGAUUGGCUCAACGCUAAGUUAACGCUAGCAGUUUCAGUACACUCCAGAGGACCGAUUUUCGUUGGAAUCUCCCUUGAAUGCUGCCGAAUUCAUUUUUAUCAUUGCUAUAACAGAUUGUUUGAAAUUUAUCUAUAAGGAAUCGAGAGUCUUCAGGAAAGUGACUUUGUAAUAAAUUAAUAAAUCUAGCUACCAUACCUGAACGCCGCCAUGAUGAUAGAAUUGCUCGCUUUAUGAAGAUGUGAAGUUAUUAAUUUUAUAAGACUUCCUUGUGAUUGUCCUCGAAGACUAUGCUCGAAUUUAUUGCGAACAGAAUAUAUCUAAUUUCUUUUUUUUUUGUUCUUACUGUAUGUCUUUUGCGGUUUAGAUUUUGAUCAGGGUAGACUCCUUUACGUAUCCAUUCUGAAAUAUCAGUAAAAGCUGACCUCUCUUCGUUGAAGAUAUGCAUGUAAGCUGAGCAAGAUUUCCGCGGAGCCUUUUACUUAAUCGUGUAGACAGUUCUUGGAUGAAAAAAACGAUAAAGAAAACGAUGGACUGCUUCAGAAUCCAAGGCUUCUAGGACUUUGUUUCAGAAUAGUAUGGGGUUACAUGGAAAUGUUUCUGCAAACUGUUUUUUUUCUAAUUUUCACUUUUCAACAUGAUAAAUGAUUGUAUUUGAACAGCAUGAGUGUGUGUGAUAUCUGGGUUAUUUUGUAAGCUUACAUGUACAGCUUAUGAAAAAUUAUGUUGAUGUGAUGAUAUUGAAUGAUGACUCGUCAUAACUGACAUUUUUCCUUCAUAAGGAGCAUGGAAUUAGUGCCAAUGAUGUAAAAAAGCUGCAAGAAGCUGGAUAUCACACCAUUGAAGCAGUGGCCUACACACCAAAAAAAGCUCUACUUGGUAUUAAAGGAAUCAGUGAGGCUAAAGCUGACAAACUUCUCAAUGAAGCCUCUAAGCUGGUGCCAAUGGGAUUCACUACUGCCACAGAAUUUCACCAGAGAAGAUCAGAAUUAGUGAUGAUUACUACAGGGUCAAAAGAGUUAGACAAACUUAUGCAAGGUUGGUUUGAAACUUUUGUCAAGUGCUUAUAUAUUUUCUCUAGUUUAAUAUUGAUUGAUGGCUUAUUUGUGUGAAAUUUUACAUUUUUUUUGAAUAGCAGGAAAUAAGGCCUAAGUAGAUUUUUGACCAAAAGGUUAAUUGCCUUUAGUUUAAAAUUUGUAUGGUAUUGUUUGUGAAAUAUGAAUCAGGAGGUUAAAUGAUUAACCCUUUACACCCUAAUAUCAGUAUGUAUAUUCUCCAUACUGUUCUUUAUGCAUUUCCUAAGUUGACAGGGGGAAUUUGUUCAAUAAUUAAGAUCUUCUUUAGUUGAUGAUCAUUGAUCUUAUUCUUGUGGCCUAAAUGUGUGAUUCAGAGGUGAUAUUGUGAGGAUAAAUUAGAAGCUAGGCCAUCUAAGAGGUCUAAGGGUCAAGACAUGUACUAUUGAAGUGAAGUGGAUUGACGUUUUGUUUUUAGAUCGUGUUAUGUUUUGUUAGUCUUACAUUUGAAAGACAUAACUUUCCUUUUGGAUCCAAAGGUGGUAUUGAAACUGGAAGCAUCACAGAAAUGUUUGGGGAAUUCCGUACUGGAAAAACACAACUGUGUCACACAAUGGCCGUAACAUGUCAGGUAAUCAAUCUUUAACUUAUCAUCACAAGACAAGAUUGAGAUUUCAAAUGUUUCUGAAAGUUUCUAUAAUUGUGUCAUACAUGUACCUCAAAUAGGGACAAAUAAUAUUAAUUUGUCCCUAUUUGAUAUUUCAUGUUGUGGAAUCCCAUUUUAUCAAACAGUCAGUUUUUUUUGUUUUACACUUUUCAAUGUACAUGUAUAGGACUGUACUUCCCAAAACUAAUUAAUAGUUUUGGGAAGUACAGUCCUAUGCAUGUACAUUGAAAAGUGUAUAACAAAAAAAGUUAAUUGUUUGAUAUAAUGGAAUUCCACAACAUGAUUACACUGUGUACAUGCAUAGAAGAAAAUCAGUAGUUCUUAUGUCCAAUAAUAUAAUGUUACUUUAUCUUACAGCUUCCCAUCGACCAUGGUGGGGCAGAAGGAAAAUGUCUCUACAUUGAUACAGAGGGCACAUUUCGACCUGAAAGACUGGUAGCUGUUGCUGAAAGGUAUGGUCAGCAACCUACAUUUUAAUUUACAUUAUGUUGUUUACUAUGUCUUUUGACUUUAAGGACUAAGAAAAACUUCUGUUCUGAUAGUAAAGAACAGAAUUUUUAAAGUGUUACCCUGAUCGCCUUCAUCAUCCUUAACAAAAUGCUCAUUUUCCUUCAUUUCUAAAAGUUUUCAUUGUUCAAAAUUUACCAAACAGUAGUUCUUACCCCACCUUAAGAGAAUUAUUUGAUAUAGCUAUAUCUGUGCAUAAUUCCAGACAAUUAAAUUUGCACUGAUUAGACUUUUUAAUAUACAUAAUUAUAUAUAAAUUAUAUAUUUAUUUGUCUCCUCUACAGCCUUUGUCCUUUGUGCCCUUAGUCUUUCUUUUGUUUUUCCUCUCACUCUCUUUAGAUAAAGCUCACCCCUGCUUUCUUCCCCCCCCCCCCUUUUUAGGAUCUCAUAAGAUAAACUAGAUUGUUUUUAAAACAAUUGUUUGAUCCGAAUGUGUUCUUGUGAAUUAACGUUUGUAUCAUAUUGUUUUUGUGAUGUAGAUAUGGGCUUUCAGGACAAAGUGUGCUUGAUAAUGUGGCCUAUGCGAGAGCCUACAAUUCAGACCAUCAGUCUCAGCUUCUGAUACAUGCAUCUGCUAUGAUGUCUGAAUCAAGGUACUGCUUGAUCAAUAAAUGUAGUUAUGUAGUCCUGAAAUACACCAUGCAUUAAAUACAACUAUUGAACUCUGCAAGCAAUGUAAACUGUAAUUUUUUUUCCCCUUACCACUUAGCCUGACUUCUUGACUCGUUAGUCAGAUGGUCAGUAAUACCCAAACCCUGAGUGAAUUAGUUACCUCUAGACCUGUGUGGCAUAUGACAGUCACUCUUCUGCACUCUGGCAAUUUUCAAAAUACAUGUACAGUAUUCUUAAAUUAUUUUCUCCAUCACCCAUCAUUGCAGAUAUGCUCUUAUGAUUGUCGACAGUGCAACAGCUUUGUAUCGUACAGACUACUCUGGUCGUGGAGAACUGUCUGCCCGGCAGAUGCACCUGGCAAGAUUCCUUAGAACACUACUAAAACUUGCAGAUGAGGUACAUAUGCUACCUAAUUUUGUGUUUUACCCUGUAUAGACCAUGUACAUGCAAUAUCACACUUUUUUCUUCUCUCUUUUUGGACUGUGCCAUGCUUGCUGCCUGUUACUGCAUCUUUGAGUAGUUUUACCUAUGAAUGUUCAAGUAGUGAUAAACCUUGUUUUUUUUUUUAUGUGAAUUGAUUGUGAUACCAUUGUCAUUCAGUUUGGUAUAGCUGUUGUUAUCACAAACCAAGUUGUAGCACAGGUGGAUGGUGCUUCUAUGUUCCAAGCAGAUCCCAAAAAGCCAAUAGGUGGAAACAUCAUGGCACAUGCAUCAACAACAAGGUAAUGGCUAAUAACAAAAUCCUGUUCUUUGACAACUUUUCUCUACUGACUUCACAAUUGUAGUUUGUUUACAGACUUACCUUCAAUAGUAAAGUUGCGAGGGUGGAAAUCAUCAGGGCUGUUGUUAAGUUUUUGUAAUAGGGUCUGUUUGCAUUGAUGAUACAGCUCAAACUAACUAUAGACUAUACAAACUGACAUUGAUCAUCACUUGUGGUGCUACGAAGGUCUCAGCUAUAUCUUAGGAUUUUAGGGUGCAAUGUUUCUAAAUGACUGCCCUUGACUCAUGUUUGUCUUACCAAGGAUUUUCAGUGUCACACAAUUUUUAAGCAAAGGUGACUUUAAAACACCAUGUUGAUUCAUUCAUUCAUUUGUAUUGGCCCUGAAAAGGCCCUUUGGAGAAGUGGUCAAUUAAGUAAACAUAGUUUUUUACAUAUACAUACAUGCAUGGGAACAUUAUGUAAGUUUAUGAAGGAAUGAGGUAACUACAUAUCUUGACUGUGGACAAAGCUGAAUAAGGUUUGACUUUUUCCACACAAGCAAGCUCUGUAUGUUGUCUUUCUUAAUUUAUAGUAACAUUGAGUCAGUACAUUACAUUUCCAUAAACAAGAUGAAAAAGAAAGCAAAUUCAGUUUUACAAAUGAUGAGCUGUAGCUAAAUGCAUUUUUAAAACAUGUUUUAAAGGAAGCUACCAGUGAAGUCAACAACAGGUACAUUGUCAUCAAAGGAAAACUUGGAUGUCAGCUCACUAGGAUUUCCUGCAGGCUUGGAAGUAAUAAGUAUAUAUUCUGCUCCUUAUCCUCUACAGAUUGUACCUCAGGAAGGGAAGAGGGGAGACAAGAAUAUGUAAGAUAUAUGACUCGCCAUGUUUGCCUGAGGCUGAAGCCAUGUUUGCUAUCAAUGCAGAUGGUAUCGGAGAUGCUAAGGACUAAAAAAUGGAAAGGCAAAAUUUUUUGGAUAUGGUGUAAACAGGAUUAAAAGUCUCAGAUAAGCACAUCUCUAUUUUAGCAUCUAGUACCACUACAUGAUUUAAACAUGUGAUGUUCCAUAAGGACUUAGCUGAUACCAUCAUAGGGUGCUGGCAGGCCCUCAUUAUCAUCCCUUCUGGACAAGUGUGACUCAUCUUAAAUCUUCCUGUGGGCAGAGAAACACAAAUUUAAAACACAUUUCACAAUGAGGGGCUGCUUGCAAACUACUGGGCUGCCAUCUUGAAGUCAUCAUGGAGAAGCCAACUUUGUUUUGCUAAAAUAAGGUUCAUAAACAACAAUCA